GUUGCAAGAGGAUCUGAAAACCAACAAGGAAAAUGGCAGCCCAGAUGAAGAAGUGGCUGUUACUUGUGUGUGGCGCUGUCCUGCUGCGAGCCGGUGACCCUGUCAGAAUUGAAGCAGAUGAAGGUGAAGACGUGCUCCUGCCCUGCAUUGUUGAACGUAGAGACGCCGACCAUCUUCCAAAGCCGACAGUGAACUGGCAGCGGUCAGGGAGUGAAGUCGUGAACAGCUACUACAAUGGCAAGAACCAUCCAGUGUAUCAGUCUGGACGAUAUAAGGGGAGAACGGAGUUCGCAUCUCAGGGAUUGUCCGAGGGCAACGUGUCUCUGCUACUGAAGAAUGUAACCCCCGCUGACUUUGGGAACUACACUUGUCAUGCUAGUUUAUAUGAGAACAGCCCCCAAACUUUACAAACUGUCCUGCUGAUGCAGAAAAAGACCCAAGGUAGGUCAGCGACGUUCCCUUAUCAACUGUGACGUGACGUUUGUCCUUUCACUGAGAAACCCAUCAGCCCUUUACCAUAAUUUUGAAGCAGGCACCUGCUGUGAGAAGUGACAUUAAGAGAAGCA